UAUUUUAAUUUUAUAUAUACAUAUAUAUAUAUAGGAAAAGUUUAAUAUGACAAGAAAAAAUGUGAAAAAAAUUAAUAAUGAAUUAAAAUUUCAAAGGAUAAAAAAUAUUCUUCUAAUUUAUAAUUCAUGAAAUCAGAUAGCAUGAGAUCAGCUGUUGCAAUAAGAUUACUGUUUUUCUUUGUGUUCAAUUCUAGAAAAAUGUUUACCGCCUCACAACAAGACACAAAUUCACAGGACUAUUUAUUAGAUGAAGGAUAUGAUAAAAACGCAAGACCAACUCCAGACACAUUAACAAACGUAUCAAUUGGUUUAUUCAUUAAUCGAAUAUCGGCUGUUGAUGAAAAUAAGGAAGAAAUUUCAUUUGAUGUAUUUCUGCAAGUAUUAUGGGAAGAUAAACGUGUUAAAUUUCGUAAUGAUAUUAAUUUAACAAAACCAUUUACAGAAUUACAAAAUGAUGAAAGACAUAAGUUAUGGGUACCUGAUUUGUAUAUUAGACAAUUAAGAGAAAUGCGCUUAUUGAAAUUAUUUGAAGAAAUAUCUAGUUUACGACUUUAUCAUAAUAGUACAAUCGCUCUUAGUAUAGGUGCUACAAUAAUUAUAAAAUGUGAUAUGGACUUUGUUCUGUACCCGUUAGAUGUACAGAAAUGUCCAGUAGAUUUCAGUAGUUAUAAAUAUUCAAAUCAUGAAAUGACAUUUCGAUGGAAACCUGGUCAGGCAAUAACAUUUCCAAAUGAUUUCGGUGAUGGUUUCUUUCGGCUUCCAAAAUAUGUGGUAUCGUUUACUACAGAGCAUCAACCGCACAUUGUAAAUUAUGGAGAUGGUAAUAAAAGAAGUUUUUAUUUUUUUUUAAUAUUUUUUAAGACCCUAUUGAAUCAUGCAUCUGCUCGUUUAGAAAUAACAUUAUCACGCGAAGUUAAAAGUUAUUUACUAGAAAAUUAUUUACCAUCAACAUUAUUUGUAUCGAUGUCAUGGGGUAGUUUUGUUGUUGUACCAGAAGUUGUACCUGGUCGAAUGGUAUUACUAGUAACAACAUUAUUAUCAUUAAUAACAAUGUUCGAUACGGUUAGAAAUAAUUCACCUGAUGCACUUGAAUUGAAAUGCCUUGAGGUGUGGCUAAUAUCCUGUACAUUAUUUGUAUUUCUUGCUUUAAUGGAAUAUUUCAUUGUUCUAUUUGGUAUACGAUAUGAUAAACAUUGGAGAACAUCAAAAGCCAUUUCAUCAUUCGUAUCAGCUCCAAUAAAUCUAUCAGCAAGUGGAAUGAGCUCAGAAACACCGAUGACAACAUUUACACAACGAAAAAAUGGUAUUGAUCAUGCUGCUCGUAUGUUUAAUUUAAAUAGAAUAAAACCAGAAAAUAAACCAAAACCACCAGAAAUAAUAAUAAGAAAUGCUGAAACAGGUACAACAAAUCAAUUACAAGUAAAUCAACAGGAGAAUCAACAAUCAACAUCACAACAAUCACAAGAAGAUGUUAGUGCGACAAGUUCAGAUCGUGGUGUUGGUGGUCGUAAAAGAUUUAAAAAUGUUGCUGAAUAUGCUCUUUUAUAUGCUGGAUCACAACGUGGUAAAUUAGAUCAAAUAUCAUUGGUUUUAUUUCCAUUAAGUUUUUUAGUUUUCGCUAUCGUCUAUUGGGUAUUAUAUUUAAGUGAAUCAAGAAAGAAAAUAUGAUAUGAUAUUUAUAUAAUAAAAAUUAUUUAUAAUUACGUUAAACAAUCAGCAUUAGAAAUCUCGUCAUUAUUGUGGUAAACAUGAAAAUUUUCUAAAAAUAAAUUAAAAUAAAAACAAAAUAAUUAACAAAAAAAAAUAUAUAUAUAUAAAAAAUUCAUAAAAUAAAAAAAAUGUAUAAGUAGAUAAAGUAAAAUUUAAUAAAUAAAAUAUAAAAUAUGUAAAAAAUAGGGUAUUUUGUUUAAAUUUUCUGAAAUUUAUUUCACCAGACUUAAUAAUUAUUUAAUGUUAAUAUUUAAUAAUUUAACUUUUAAUUU